AUGAGCCUUGGCCUGCCUCAUCGGGGAGGCAAAUUCCCCACCAUCACCAGCGUCGUCUCUCCACCGAAGACCAGCUCUGACACCUCAAGGGUGGAGCGGUCAUCGUCUGGUCAUCCCGAAGAUUCGGAUUCACUCAGAGCCUCGCAGGAGACCACAAGGUAAGACACCCCAAGGUAGGCUGAAUAUUGCUUUGUUGUUUUUGCUCGCGCACCACAGUCAGUUCAGCAACGAGUUACUUAAACUGGUAGACAGCCUUGCAGUCGCUGCCGCCACCGAUGACGAGAACGCCUCCGUGGAGAAUCGAUGGUGUCAACUGCUGGACACAAUCAAGGAGACGGCUCUGGUCGUCCUUGGUCGUGCACGCCGUCAACACCAGGACUGGCCGGACGACAAAGACGUCGCCAUCGGCAACCUGCACGCCGAGAAGAACCACCUGCACAAAGCCUAUGUAGGCCACCCCACGUAG